AAGACAUUUCCUGUCGAUCACUGUUGGCGUGUUUGGAUGAUCCAGUGUUCUUUUUGAGCGUUCAAACUAGACUUUUCUCGUCCUUCUUCGGCUCUUGGAUGUUUGUCAAAUGUCCGGCUUUCAGGCUCUUUCAGUUUAUCCUGAUGACAUCCAGCAGCUGUCUGUGAAUAAAGAAGCGGCAUGCCCUGAGCAGCAGGAGAUGAGCGAGCAUCUGAAAAUUAAAGAGGAACCUGAGGAACUGUGGAGCAAUCAAGAGACAGAUCAGCUUCAAGGGCAAGAGGAGGAUAUCACCAAGUUCACUUUUGUUCCUGUCCCUGUGAAGAGUGAAGAUGAUGAAGAGGAACCUCAGCCCACACCGCAUUAUCAUAAACAAACCAAAGAGUCAGCCAGGUACUUUGAUCCAGAGAGAGAUUUACAACAACAUUCUGAGGUUAAGACUGAAGACUCUUCUGAUCCAGAGACUGAUGACAGCGCUGAUUGGAGGGAGAUGACAGAGCAACCAUCAGGUUUAAAGUCAGCCAGUGAAAGCACAAAAAGGAGAGCAAAGAUUCCAACUAAAGUGUUUAUUGACUCAGAGAGUGUAAAAAGAUUUAAGGGUGAAAAGGUUUUGAUUAGAAGCAUGGUUGUUCAUACCAAAGAGAAACCGUUCAGCUGCUCUGUGUGUGGUCAGAAAUGUACAUCAAAAGGAACUAUGACCGCGCACAUGAGAAUUCACACAGGUGAAAAACCAUUUGUCUGUUCUGUGUGCGGACAGAGAUUUACCCAAAGAGGAGCUUUAACUGUUCACAUGAGAAUUCACUCAAAAGAUAAACCAUUUUUCUGCUCUGUGUGUGGUCAGGGAUUUACCCAAAAAGGACAUUUAACUCGUCACAUGAGUUCUCACACAAGAGAUAAACCAUUUUUCUGCUCUGAUUGUGGUCAAAGAUUUACCCAAAAAGGACAUUUAACUGAUCACAUGAGAAUUCACACAGGAGAGAAACCAUUCAGCUGCUCUGAUUGUGGUCAGAGAUUUACCCUAAAAGGACAUUUAACUGUUCACAUGAGAAUGCACACAGGUGAGAAACCAUUUGUCUGCACUCAGUGUGAUCAAAGAUUUUCCAGAAAAGGACAUUUAACUGAUCACAUGAGAAUUCACACAGGAGAGAAACCAUUUGUCUGCUCUCAGUGUGAUCAAAGAUUUUACCGAAAAGGACAUUUAACUGUUCACAUGAGAAUUCACACAGGUGAGAAACCAUUUGUCUGCACUGAGUGUGGCAAAACAUUUGCCCAUCAAGUGACUUUGACCAGACAUAUGCCAAUUCAUACCAGAGAAAAACCCUUCAGUAGCUCUCAGUGUGAUGAGAGAAUUACCGAAAAAUGAAAUUUAACUGAACGUUAAAAAAAAACGUUAGCAGCAUCAGCAGGAUUAUUUUGUAGUGCAUUCCCAGGGUUCAGUUCCUUCUGAGAUAAAGCAGGUCCCUUCGGACAAAUCCUCCCUCAUACUGCUGAUAUCUGAUUGGUUGUCUCUUAUCAAGAUUACAGCACUGCUGACAGACAUCUCUUAGCAAAAGUUGUUUGUCAGCAGUGCUGAAACCUACACGUCACUCUUUUAUCCUUCUUGUUUACUUAUUGCUGUAACUUGGCAUUUCAGUUCUUGCCGUUAGCUUUUUCUUUAAGCUUCUUCCAAGUUUUUCACUGUGUCCGAGCUUUUGGUCUUUGUGAAUCUUCAUCAAGUUUAUUUAGCUCCAGUGUAUUUUUCUAGUUGUUUUUGUAUUAUUUUGGCUUCAUCACAACAGUCCAAAGUCUUUUUAAUACCUUUUUAUAACCUUAUCUGAAUCCUGCACGCCCAGACUUCACAGCUUAAUUUACCUGCCUUUUUAGUUUUUCCAAUAACCCACUGAUGUGGUGUUGGUUGACCAGUGACAUUAUUUUUGAUGGUUAUUUGGGCCAAUUAGAGACAUUUGGGCGAUUAUUUUGAACUGGAUGAGUUGGCCCGAAUCAGUGGAGACAUUGAUUACCAAGUUAGACCGUCAUCAGGAGGGUUCCACUUUGGAAACGCUCAGCUUCCAAGACAGGGUCAAACAUUUUCCUCUGUUUUCUAACGUUCCACCUUCAGGACUCCAUCUCUCUUCAGCAAAGGAGGCGAUCCUGGUCUAAUUCCUCCUGAAUGGGUUGAUGUGUUUCACUUGGGUUCCAUAAAAACCUUCAAUCAGUUCAGACCUAUUUUCUGUUAAAAAUCAUUAAGUAAGUCUGAACUGUUUUUAAAAAUCUCUUCCCAUAUUUUUCUGUUAAAUAUUUUCCCUCAGUUGAUCAGAUUAUUAUCAUCUCUUAUUUAGCCAUUUUUGUUUUUCCUACAUUGUAAUUCAUAUUAUUAA